AUGGUCAAUGUGGAGUUCCGGUCGCUCACUCAGCCUGUGGGCAUCAUGCGAAUAAUGGCAGCCAUCCUCACUUGUAUGUGUUUUAGCCUUGUGGCAACUGUUGGAUAUGUCUCAUCUCCCUACUGGGCGUGGUGCAUGUUCACUUGGUGCUUCUGCUGCUUCUUCACCCUUCUAAUUCUCAUCCUGGAGUUCACCACUCUCAACAUAAAAUUACCUUUCGCCUGGGAUGACUUCACCACUGCCUUUGCUAUGCUGGCAAGCCUCAUGUGCCUGACCACCUCCAUCAUAUACCCCACCUUUUUCACUUGCAAGGCCUGCCACCGCGAGAUCGCUGCCUCUGUGGUGUCCUGGGUCUGUUUUGGGGUGUAUGCAGGUGAAGUGGCCCUAAACUUCCUUCGUCCAAGUGGACAGAACAGCGGGUUCCUCUCCACGUUGCCCGGCAUAAUGAAGAUGCUGGAGACCUUUCUUGCCUGUCUCAUCUUCACAUCUCUGGAGAACAGGCAAUUCAUCUCCCCUGGACUGAAGUGGUGUGUGGCUGUGUACUCCUUGUGCUUCAUCUUUGCUCUCUUCAUAAUCCUGAUCACCAUGGGAAAUCUGACCUCAAUUUUCCCCUUCUGUUUUGACAAGCUAGUAAUCAUCUAUAACAUUUUGGCAGCAAUGAUGUAUAUGUCAGCUAUGGUGAUCUGGCCACUGUAUAGUUUCCAAAAUAAUAAGAGACCCAGUGACUGUGGCCACCUAUGUCACUGGGAUAAACUGGUGGUGGUCACCUUUAUGACAAUUUUCAAUUUUAUUGCUUACACCCUGGACACUGCCUACUCUAUACGCCUUGUGUUCUGUGUUGAUAACCAGUGA